UGGGUGUGCUCGAGUUUCUCAGGUCUGUAGCUCGACUGGUUCUGUGAUUCUCUUUCGUUUAUCUCUAUCGUCGCUUCAGCGCGUUGGUAAACUGGUCACUGGGGUUUAUGGCUAAGAGGUCAAUUCGCUACCCUGCAAUGGGCGAUAGAUUUUCUAGGCAUGAGGGAGACCAGAGAGACUUCCACACUGAAUAUGACUCCUUCGACACUGAAUAUGACUCUACAUGGGAGGACGACAAGGAGGACAUUCCGGAAGCCCAGUUCAGUGAGUUCAACAUACCAUGGCCCCACAGUGCACACAGAAAAACAUACGCUGCAAAAGACAUGCAGAACUUCAGGAAAAUGUUUCAGGAAGUCAAUUGUGAUGAUACAGCAGUUAAUGAAGAGUUGGAUGAAGUGUGUGAUCAGAGGGAUGACUGCAUACCCAACCUGCUGUUUUACCAAAAUAAGAUGAAAUCUCGUCCUGAUGGUGUAUCCAUUGAGGAAUUUCAUAAAAAGUGGUAUCAUGAUUACAGCAGGCUGGAAUGGGUGCACUCCUACAUUCAGUGGCUGUUUCCAAUCCAAGAGCAAGGAAUGAACUAUGAUUCUCAACCACUUACCCCAGAAGAAAUCAAGCUUUUCCGUAAAGAUGACCCUGUGAAGGGAAGACUGUUGAAGUCUUAUAAGCUUAUGCUGGACUUCUAUGGCAUAAAAUUGCUAGAUGAGGAAACAGGUGAAGUGGGUCGUGCAGAAAACUGGCAAGAUCGAUUUAAGAACCUAGACAGAAACACACAUAACAACCUCCGCAUCACCCGCAUCCUGAAGUGUCUGGGCAUCCUGGGGUUUCAGCACUACCAGGCUCCUCUGGUCAAGUUCUUCCUCACGGAGACUCUGGUGAACAGAAGUCUUCCCAGAGUGAAGCAGAGUGUUCUAGACUACUUUAUGUUCUCUGUUCUGGACAAGUCAGAGAGAAAACAACUAAUCAGAUUUGCCUUUGAGAAGUUUGAGCCAAAGGAAGAAUUUGUGUGGUGUCCUAAAAGGAUUCAAAGAAGAUUUCUAAAGGAGAUCAAAUCCAAAAAAGCAGAGACCCCUGAGACACACCCUCCAAAAUCAGAGCCUAGUGAAGGUAAAACAGAAAAUGCGGAAGCACCAAAUGCUUCAACUGCCCAGAAUGUUCAAAAUGGUGAAAAUAGUGGUGUGGGAAAAGCAGAUACUAAUCAAAGUGGCUCCACAGGCACUAAUAACAAUAUGGACAUUGGCUCUAUUAGUAAGAUAUCAGCACAGCAAUCUGAUAGAGAUUCAGAAAAACUGCAUGCAAUCCACAAGAGCAACAGUGAAUGCACUGGAGAAAAUAUGGAAAAUCAGGAAAAGGUUUGUGGCCCUGCAGCUAUAGAAGAAUUCGCACAUCAUAAUAGUGGUGAACAUAAUAAAGACUCUGAGCAUAUUGGACACAUCAGUGUUUCUGGGCCAGUAUCGAACAAAGAUCCUUCAGAAUCAGAGCCUAGUGAAGGUAAAGAAAUCCAACCAGAAAAUGGGGAAGCACCAAAUGCUUCAACUGCUCAGAAUGUUCAAAAUGGUGAAAAUAGUGGUGUGGAAAAAGAAACAGAUACUAAUCAAAAGUUAAUGAUGCUUAAUGAUCAGGAAAAUCUGAAAAAGCAACUGAGUUUGAAACCAGACAAACCUGAUAAAGACAAAGAAGAGUUAGUAGCUCAUCUUCAAUGUAAUAAUAACAAAGCUCCUAUCCCAGCUAGUGGAGAUAAUGCAGAAAAAAUGUCUGUAAAUGAGAGAAGUGGCUCCACAGGCACUGAUAACAAAAUGGACAUUGGUUGUAGUAGUGCAAUAUCAGCAAAGCAAUCUGAUGAAGAUUCAGAAAAACUGCAUGCAGUCCACCAGAGCAACAGUGAAUGCACAGAUGAAAGUAUGGAGACAGACCCUCCAAAUCAGAUACAGGAUUGUGACCUUGGAGCUACAGAAGAAUCCACAUAUCAUAAUAGCAGUGAAGAUAGUAAAGACUCUGAGCAUACUGGACACGUCGGCGUUUCUGGGCCAGCAUCAAACAAAGACCCUUCAGAAUCAGAGUCUGGUGUUAGGUGGCCAACAUCAGAUGAUUUCUAAAUGUGACUAAUGUGUGUCUAAUGUUGAGGCAGAUGAAAAAUAUGAAUCAGGAAAAACAGAGAGAAUUUGUGUGGAUUCAAAGAAUAUUGUUGAAGGAAAUCACUUUUCUUGUAAAUCCAAGAAGAAGAAUCCUCACAUCAUAAUAGCACUGAAAAUAUUUAAGACUCUAAGCAUAGUGGACAGGUCAGCGUUUCUGGGCCAACAUCAGGUGAAGCGAACAUGGAUGACAGCUCUUUGUCUAAUGUUGAGGCUACCAAUAUGGAACUUGAAGAAUCUGCAUAGACAGAAUCAGAGUCAGUGAGGCCCUAGACAUAGAACAACAAAGAGAUGAUGAAAAAAACAAGAAAAGUGACUCCUGUACAGUUAGUUUUGAGGCUACGGAGACUGGUAAUAAAAAUGAAGGCACCGAACAGGAAAAUGUGUUGAGACUGGAACUGCCACUGUAGAUGUAGGAACUGGAGAAGAGUAAACCAAGUAGACGCAGCGAUGUACCCAAGAAACCUUUUUUGCAGUGCUUAGAGGAGAAACUGGAGACUGAGAUCUACAUUCUCACAUUAGCACUGGUUAUAAAUAAAAUAAAUACAAUCAGUGCUGAUGUGAGAAUGUGGAUCUCAGUCUCCUGUGAAUCAUGUGUUAUUGUUAACAAAAAUAGAACCUGGUAUAUGUCUGCUGAUGGAAGCUUUUAUAAAAAUAACAAAGCUUUUUCUCUGAUUACUAUGAAAUAGGUGAUAUCUUUAAUCUUAUUACCUGUUUCUGUAAGAAUGCAUUAAACUAUUUUGUUAGAUGAUUUUACAGAAUGCUGCUAUGGGUAGAAUAUAAUCUGAAGCAACUUGGAUGCUUUUGAAAAUGUGAUGACAAAUGUACAUUGAAAUUGAUUGUAUAUGGGCUGUGUGGCCAAACUAUGAGUUUGUAGUCCUAUCUAUUAUUAUCAAUUCAAGUAAAAUGCAUUUAAUAAAUGACAUGUUGAUGUAAUGUU